AUGGAAUUUAGUUAUUUUUAUUCAUAUUUGAAGAAUGAACUACUUAAGGAGACGGGAAAAUUUUAUUGUUCAAAAGUCUAUCGAUUUCUUGCCUUUUUAUACAUCUUAUUUUUGUUUAUUUGUUGGAAAUUUUUCUGCUUAAUCAAACAAUUUAUUAAAAGUUUUAAACAAUAUUUAUGGAGAAAUUCUGCAAAUGUUUUGCAAAAAGCUCCAAAAAAUAUUUCUUUUCUUUUUGCAGAUAAUCGUUAUAUUAAUCCGUAUUUUAUUUCAUCACUUUUGUAUUUAUGCCUUUUGAAUGGUAUUAAUGAAAUUUCUUUUUGUGGAUGUUUGUUUGAUGUUGAGGAUGAAUGCAAAAAAAUCGAAGGUCAAAUUAUUGAAUUACUUUCCUGUAAAGGUGUGAAAUUUAUGUCAAAUAAAUUGUGGUUGUCAGAAAAGUUCAAUUUAAAUGUUGUUUAUAUUGGUGCUGAAAAAUCUAAAAAUAUUCUCAACCAAAUUGUUACCAAGUUCUCAGAAUUGGAUGAACCAAUGAAGGAGAGCAUUUUCUUUGAUUAUCUUUUUGAAUUGUCAGGGUUAAAAGAGCCAGAUUAUUUUGUUUUUGUUGGCUCUUCUUUGCAUGUUGGAUUUGGAGAUUUUCCGCUCUGGAGUUUACGGACAAGUGAAUUUCAUUCUGUCGAUUCCUUCUCAAAUUAUAAUAAAUUAACUGAAACCGAAUUUUGUGAUCUCAUUGGGAAAUAUUCACAAAGGCAUCGACGUUUUGGCAAAUAAAUCUGUAAAGAAUUUUAUAAUAUUGAGUUUUGUUUUACAAUAAUUCCUCAAUAAUAUUUAUUUAAAAAAUUUAAGCAGAACUUUAUUUUUGAUAGAUAUAUGUAAUUAAAAUUAUUGUUAGAGAUCCUUAUAAGCUUGCUUUGAUUGUGGUUAUUAUUUUCAAAAAAUGUUUUAUUAUUUUUUGAUUAUUUGAAGCUUUCCUUACAUUAUUUUGUUAAUUCAUUGUUAUUUUUAAAAGAUAUAGCUUUCUACUUUUAUUUUGUUAAAUAUG